UACUUUCAUUCUAAUUUUCUUUUUCUUUUCCUUUUUUUUUUUUUUUUCCUUCCUCCCAUACCUACUUCGUUUUACUGAAGAACCAUUCCUUUACUUAGUGACACUUCCUUUCACACUGUCGAAGACAACUUAAAUAAUUGAUUCCGACAAACUAUUUCUCAACACGUUUAUCUAUCUACCUUGAUAUGGCAAAGUCUAUUCUACGCUGGUUUCUUAUGACUAGGAUUGUCUUGUGUCUAGCAACCAACUUCAAUGUGUUAUCCUUUGAUUAUAUUCAACAAUUUAAAAAGCCUGUAGAACUUGGGAAAUGUGCUUAUCGAUAUGUCACCCUUCGUGGUAAACAACAAGUUUUUCAUCAAGAUUGUGCAUUCUAUGAAAUGGGGACAUCUAAAUUUGAAGCAAGUAAUACCAAUGAUUCCUUCAUCGUAAGCCUGAAUGAAGAAAAUCUACUGACUCACAUCAACUUGUGUGAUGGUGAUGCUGCCUCGUACAUGGGGCUUUUAUAUGAAGGAGAAUGCUUAGCAGUGGAAAUUGGUAAUAUGAUAACAUUCAACCAAAGUACCUACAUCAGAGCUUUCGUGGAGAAUUACAGAACAGGUAUCGAUGAACUGACUGUUGACUGGAGCCCUUUCGAAGGCUUCACACAUUACUAUAAACAGGUUUAUUACCUGCAGAAACGUAGUUAUGGUACCUAUGAAUUAAUUAUUGCUCAGAUGACAUUUGAAAAUAACAACCAGAGAAAUGCUGCACAAAACCUUGUGUUAACACCACCAUUAUUGUCUGACCAAAUGGAAGUCAUAAACGAAGCUGUUGGCACACCACAGCACAUUCGGCUCAUUAGAGUUUCCACAGCAGAAUAUAUCAAAAAAUUCAAGGAUUAUAAUGCUGAAAAUUUCCCUGAGGUUCUCUACCAAAUCAGAAGUUAUGAAAAUGAUGUUCGACGAAUGAGAAAAAUGGUUAAAGAAGAUAAAAGCAAACAUCAUCUGGAGUAUGAAUUCCACCCUUUUGCAAAUGCUGUCCCAGAAAAAUCACUAACCACUCGGUCCCGACGCCUUUGGGAAAAUGUCACUCAAAUGGAAAUUCAAACAGGAAAAGCUAUAUCAGAAGCUGAACAUGCAACUGAGCGAUGUAAAAGGAAGAAGAAGAAACUAAGGUUUUGUCAGAAAAUUGAAAAAAUUGCAAAAGGCCUGAAAAGAUUACAUCGUCAGCUGCAUAAUGUUCGGUCAAGAUGGUAUUAUUUGAACAGUACAAAACUGGUGAAUGUCACAAGCAAUCGGAGUUUACGUUACGAUCAUUUAAUGAAAGCAUUCGAAAAUAUCCUUCAUACAUGUGACAACUCAAAACCACACAAAAAGCGAAGGAAACAUAGACGAAAGUCAAUAUCUAGUGAAAACCCAAAAUGAAUCAGAUUCACUUAAAAGUUAAUGAUUAAACUUUAUAUAAAAUCAGAGAGAGAGAGUACAAGGAAAGAGAAGGAGAGAGAAAGAGUGAGAGAAAGAGAGAGUAAAUGAGAAAGGGAGAGAAAGCAAAAGAGGGAGAAAGAAGGCUUUCUACAGUUGUUCAGUGUUUGAAAUGGAGACCAAACAAUGAGAAAGAGAGAGUGCGGGUGUCUGUUACAUUCAUUAAUGACUAAAUAACCAAUACUUCAAUGAUUUUUGUUUCCAUUCAAACAACUUAAUUACACAGCUCUUAACUCAAGGAGUACUUCCUUUGACCCAGAAAACUCUAAUUAUUCAAUUAUAAUGGGUUUUAUCUCUUUAAAAAGCUUUUACUAAAAUAUAAACAACAGGUUUACAGUUUGGACAAUAUUAAUUCUGCAACAUUUCCUUUUUUAAAUAUCCACUAUGAAUAAUUUUUUUUCUUCUUGACUAAAGGAUCAACUAAAAUUCUUUAUUGCUAACCUAAAAACAACCAGAAAAACUUACAAAAUAUUUAUAAUUAGUAUUAUUAUUAUAGCUCUUGUUAUCAUCUUACCAGAAAAUUACACACACACACACAUAUAUGUAUAUAUGUGUA